AUGCCCAAACUUCGUAAGCUCUUUCUAGCCAGCUCCAAGGAGUCAGAAGAAUUAGCUAAGCUUCUCGCUAAGGACGGAACUCAGUGGAAGUUUAAUCCAUUUGCGGCUCCUCAUUUCGGAGGAAAAUGGGAGGCUGGCGUUAAAUCGGUUAAAACGCAUUUGAACAAGGUAGUCGGUGAUCAACAGCUUACGUACGAAGAGAUGAAUACUUUGCUAAUUCAGAUAGAAGCUGUGUUGAAUUCUCGACCCCUUUGUCCGCAGUCUGAGGAUCCAACCAAUAUUUCUGCUCUGACCCCGGGUCAUUUUCUUAUAGGGCAGGCUCUGACUACUAUUCCCGAACCAUCGUUAGACGGCGUUAAGGUCUCUCACCUUUCUCGGUGGCAACUCCUAAGAAAAAUGCUAGAAGACUUUUGGAAACAAUGGUCACGUGACUGUCUGCAAAGAUAUCUUGCGGUAUACAAGUGGAACAAUGCUGUUCCAUCUAUAAAAGAAGGUUCUUUGGUUUUAGUAGUUGAUGAGAGGUAUCCUCCAGUGAAGUGGCCUUUAGGUCGGGUUGUUAAGACUCAUCCUGGUCAAGAAGGUCAUACUAGAGUUGUUACG